AUGAGAAACAGCUCUGACCGCCGCCAAACGCCACGACCCUCGCUCGACGACCCGGAUGGCGUGCUCCCGCCCGUCCUCACCGGCGGUGGCGAUGCUGCUGCUGCCUCCGAGCCGGCAGCCUCCAAGGAGGAUGCCAGCAACAAGCCCGUCGGGUGGAAGGACUUGCCGCAGAAGCGGCAGCUGGCCAUCCUGACGCUGUCGCGGCUGAGCGAGCCUCUGGUGCAGACCUCGUUGCAGGCCUACAUGUACUACCAGCUCAAGUGGUUCGACCCCUCCCUCCCCGCCUCCACCAUCGCCACCCAGGCCGGCAUCAUGCACGCCAGCUUCAUGGCCGCCCAGUUCAUCACCGCCCUGCUCUGGGGCCGCGUCGCCGACUCCCCGCGCGCCGGCCGCAAGACCGUCCUCCUCAUCGGCCUCGUCGGCACCAGCCUGUCCUGCCUCGGCUUCGGCUUCUCCACCACCUUCUGGCAGGCCCUGCUCUUCCGGACCCUCGGCGGCGCCACCAACGGCAACAUUGGCGUGAUGCGGACCAUGAUCAGCGAAAUCGUCCGGGAGAAAAAGUUUCAGCCCCGCGCCUUCAUGCUCCUCCCAAUGACCUUCAACGUCGGCGUCAUCAUCGGCCCCAUCCUCGGCGGCCUCCUGUCCGACCCUGCCGGCAGCUACCCGGCGCUGUUCGGCCGCGUGCGCCUGCUCCGCGACUACCCCUACGCGCUACCCAAUGUCGUCAGCGCCGCAUUCCUGGCGGCGGCGGCGGCGGCCGUCUGGCUAGGCAUCCACGAGACCCUCGACGCCCUGCGCGACGACCCGCCCGACCUUGGCCUGCGGCUCGGCGCCCGCCUCGUCGCGCUCACCCGACGGUGCUGCGGCAGCCGGAAAGGCGGCGACGCUGAUGAGCGUGGCGAGUACGCCGCGCUCGCCACCCACGACGUCGAGCUCGCCGGCGCCGGCGCCUCUGACACCGAGGCCGGUCGGUCAUCCACCGCCUCCUCCGUACGCGGCGGCGCGAAAGCACCACACCGUCGUCGCAGGGGGGCGCGCUACACCCAGCGCCUCCCCUUUCACCAAAUCUUCACCCGCAACGUCGCCCUCACCUUCUUCGCCCAGUUCUUCCUGACCUUUCACAUCGGCACCUUCAACGCGCUGUGGUUCGUCUUCCUCUCCACCCCCGUCUACGACCCCUCCUCCUCCCCACCCCCACCACCGCGACACCUCCCGUUCCGCUUCACCGGCGGCCUCGGGAUGCCGCCGCAGCGCGUCGGCGCCGCCAUGGCGAUCCUCGGCGUCAUCGGCAUCCUGAUGCAGCUGUUCCUGUACCCGAACCUGUCCGCGCGCCUCGGCACCGUGCGCUCCUGGCGGCUGUCGCUGCUGUGCUUCCCGCUCGCCUACUUCGUCGUGCCAUACCUGUCGGUGGUGCCGAGCACCGCGGAGGCGCCGGCGGCCAAGGCUGGGCUGGCCGUGUGGCUGGCCAUCUGCGGCGUGCUGCUGCUGCAGGUGGUCGGGAGAACGUUUGCGCUGCCGAGCAUGGCGAUACUGAUCAAUAACGGGUCGCCGCACCCGAGCGUGCUGGGAACGGUUCACGGGCUGGGACAGAGCGUGAGUAGCGCGGCCCGGACCAUCGGCCCGGUAAUCGGUGGUCCCGUGUACGGCUUCGGCCUGAACAGGGGUUAUGUUGGCCUGGUGUGGUGGGCGCUCAGCGGUGUCUCGGUCGGCGCGUGCCUGGCGAGCUUGCUGGUCAAGGAGGGGGAUGGCCACGAGAUCUGGCUAGACGGUGACGAAGAAGAUGAUUAA